GUCGCCGCCGCCGCCGCUGGCCCGGACUCGCCCGGAGCGCAGGGUGUCUGCCCCGCUGCGCGCCGCGCGCGGAGGCUCCCUGCCGCUGCGCCCUUCAGCCCCCGCUCCUCGCGCCGGCCCGCGCGGGUCCCGGCGGGCGCGAACCCACCAUGCAGCUGCAGUUCCGGAGCUGGAUGCUGGCUGCGCUCACGCUGCUCGUGGUCUUCCUCAUCUUCGCAGACAUCUCGGAGAUCGAAGAAGAAAUCGGGAAUUCUGGAGGCAGAGGUACAAUCAGAUCAGCUGUGAACAGCUUACAUAGCAAAUCUAAUAGAGCUGAAGUUGUAAUAAAUGGCUCCUCAUCGCCAGCUGUUGUUGACAGAAGUAAUGAAAGCAUUAAGCACAACAUCCAGCCAGCCUCGGCCAAGUGGAAGCACAACGAGACGCUCUCGCUGAGGAUCAGGAAGCAAAUCUUAAAGUUCUUGGAUGCUGAAAAGGACAUUUCUGUCCUCAAGGGGACCCUGAAGCCUGGAGACAUUAUUCAUUACAUCUUCGACCGAGACAGCACGAUGAACGUGUCGCAGAACCUCUACGAGCUCCUCCCCAGAACCUCUCCGCUGAAGAACAAGCACUUCCGGACUUGUGCCAUUGUGGGCAACUCUGGGGUCUUGCUGAACAGCGGCUGCGGGCAGGAGAUUGACACACACAGCUUUGUCAUAAGGUGCAACCUGGCCCCAGUGCAGGAGUAUGCCCGGGAUGUGGGGCUCAAGACAGACCUGGUGACCAUGAACCCCUCCGUCAUCCAGCGGGCCUUCGAGGACUUGGUCAACGCCACGUGGCGGGAGAAGCUACUGCAGCGGCUGCACAGCCUCAAUGGCAGCAUCCUGUGGAUCCCCGCCUUCAUGGCCAGGGGCGGCAAGGAGCGCGUUGAGUGGGUCAACGAGCUCAUCCUGAAGCACCGCGUCAACGUGCGUACUGCAUACCCCUCUCUGCGCCUGCUGCACGCCGUCCGCGGUUACUGGCUGACCAACAAAGUCCACAUCAAAAGACCCACGACUGGCCUCUUGAUGUAUACCCUAGCCACACGUUUCUGCAACCAGAUCUACCUCUAUGGCUUCUGGCCCUUCCCGUUGGAUCAGAACCAGAACCCCGUCAAGUACCACUAUUAUGACAGCCUCAAGUAUGGCUACACCUCCCAGGCCAGCCCCCACACCAUGCCCUUGGAGUUCAAGGCCCUCAAAAGCCUGCAUGAGCAGGGGGCUUUGAAACUGACUGUGGGCCAGUGUGAUGGGGCCACGUAAGGUGGGCGGCCCGUGGGACUCAGUGGCUCACAUUUCCUGCCAGCUACACCACAGGCGGAUGGGAGUCGGGGUGGCACAAACUAUAGAACAAGCAGGCUAGUGGUUUUCUUUGUUCAAGUGUAAAACAGUGACCAGAAUAUAUAUAUCUAUACCUGCAUAUAUAUAUUGACCUGAGUAUUUAUAACUGUGUGGUGUUCAUCUAGCAUUAGGCAGAUAAGCCACAGGAAGAAGGUGUGGAGAACCCACUCGAACUGGAUUGAAACUCAGUCCAUCUUUGGGGGCAGAAGGACUAGACAUGAACAGAAGCCAGUCUUGUGACUUUGGAUGACAAACUGGCUCCUGGGUUGGAGGGAUCUUUGGGCUCAUGGAUGAAUGGAGAGCCACCUGUUGGCAGCUGCCCCGAGCCUCUGAGAAAUGUGGAUUCUGGGUGAGCCAAGACCCAGAAGGGACAAGCUAACCCAACUCUAAAACGGUGCUGUUCACGGAGGAGAGGGAGGUUGGAGCAUUCAGCCCAGCAAAGGAGCACAGGUACACGAGAAGCAGAGACCACAUCGCAGCUGAGGACCUUGUUCCACGAACUUUAACUGCCCAAGGGAUGAAUCACAGUUGACCCACUUGCCCCAGCUGGGCCUCCACAGCUAUGGAGAGAAGGCUGGAGAAGGCAAGAUGGAUAGUUCAUCUUCUAGCUUAGCAAGAACCACCAAGAACCUGGGAUGGAGCAGACAGAUGACACUAAAGAGCUGGGGUGUUCCAAUCGUGUUUUUGAAACAUCGCGACCUCCUGCUAAGGGUUGGCGCUCCACCCCAGAAUAAGGCAGAAGAGUGCCCAAAGUGUGGUGGUUGGCGGUGGGCGUUCUUUAAAGCAACUUGAGUCUGCUAAGGAAGAAGGGACCCUGAGAUUUCAUCUUCAGGGUUAGCCUCCUUCCUGCCUUGUUAGAAUGUCACAUGAGGGACUGUACUGUCCACUUCUGCCACCAGGGAAACCACAGCAAAAGCUUGAAAGGGCACUGCAAAGAUAAAUGUCAUCCUUUU